AUGAUGGUCGACCCGUCGGACCCGUCUCCAGUGGAGCGAAUGGCAGCUAAGCAGGCGCGAGCACACAAGGCAACCUACUACGACCAGAAUCUCCGGCAGGUCCCCCCUGGGCAGUACUUCGAUGCGGCGAUCGAGGAUGGCAUGAACACGGUCUUUAUGACAUUCAGCAACCAUCUGAACACAAUCACACAGGCACUCCAAGCCAACCACGAUGAUGACCGGCCGGCGAAACUCUACAGACCCGUGGCUCCCAUGGCUAUCUGGCUACACAGGCCGCCAGUUGACAGAUUUAAGGCUGGUGGAGAUGUAGAGCUGUGGACGUACGUCCAGAGUGGAUCCACAUCCAUGGCUUUCCAACCGCGGACCCACGUUUCUAGACUCAAAGCCCGGCUGGGCACAGAUCCACAGAUCUAUUACAUGACUGGCCUUAAGACAGUGGGUUUGUGUCUCUGUCAGCCUGGGGGCAACACAGCCCAGAAAAUGCUCUUCCUACAUCCAUGGGAUGAAGGCUGGUCACUGCGGCGAGAUGGCACCACAACCAUAACAUUGGGUGGACGACGCGGUGCUUUGCUUGGGGAGCUUGUCAGGUCUGUUGGGUCUUCAUCGCUGCUAUUCACAGGGCUUCGCGGUGACACCGAGGUGGGAUUGCACGGUGAUGAUCGCAGGCGUAGGGACCUUUUUGGCCUUGUUACAACGGGUGAACGUCUGGCGUAG